AUGCCAGUGGUGGUGAUAGCGGAAAGUGCCUUUAGUUUCAAAAAGUUGCUGGAUCAGUGCGAGAACCAGGAACUCGAGGCUCCUGGAGGAAUUGCUACUCCCCCAGUGUAUGGUCAGCUGUUAGCUUUAUAUCUGCUCCACAAUGACAUGAAUAACGCAAGAUAUCUUUGAAAAAGGAUACCACCUGCUAUAAAAUCUGCAAAUUCUGAACGUGGGGGCAUUUGGUCAGUAGGACAAAGAAUUUGGCAUAGAGAUUUCCCUGGGAUCUAUACGACCAUCAACGCACACCAGUGGUCUGAGACAGUCCAGCCAAUCAUGGAAGCACUUAGAGAUGCAACGAGAAGAGCCUUCACUCUGAUCUCUCCAGCCUACACCUCCAUCAGCGAUGAUGAUUUCGAAGCCUUUGUGGGGCUCCCUGUGGAAGAGGCCAUGAAAGGUAUAUUGGAACAAGGAUGGCAAGCGGACUCCACCACAAGAAUGGUUAUGCCCAAAAAGCCAGUUGCAGGGGCCCUGGAUGUGUACUUUAACUGGUUUAUUCCUUUAUCAGAGCCUACCCCAGUGUCCCCGAUCCCCAAUGAACAGCCAUUAGCCAGACUGACGGAUUAUGUGGCUUUCCUCGAAAACUGA